CGGUACUGCAGUGCUGCCUCACAGCCCCAGUCCACUCCUCACUCUGCUGUAAUGCUCUCUUGCCCGCUGUCGUUACCGGCUGGGUUGUUAGCACAGUUUUAGCCAAGUCAGCUAAGAAUGGCACUGAAUAAAUCAAUGCAUCCCCGAAAUCGGUACAAGGACAAGCCCCCAGAUUUUGCCUACCUGGCCUCCAGAUAUCCAGAUUUUCAGAAGCAUGUGCAGACUAACCUGGUCGGCCGGGUAAUGUUGAACUUUAAGGACCCAGAGGCGGUCCGUUCUCUGACCUGUACUCUAUUGAAAGAGGACUUUGGCCUGACUAUAGAGAUUCCUCUGGAGCGCCUAAUCCCCACCGUCCCACUGCGCCUCAACUACAUCCACUGGGUGGAGGACCUGACUGAGGGCCAGGGCAGCCCACGCAGGGGCAUCGACAUCGGUACCGGUGCCUCCUGUAUUUACCCCCUACUGGGAGCCUCAAUGAAUGGCUGGUACUUUCUUGCCACAGAGGUGGAUGACAUCUGUUAUAAUUACGCCAAGAAGAACGUAGAACAGAACAACAUGGCAGACCUCAUUAAGGUGGUGAAGGUGCCUCAGAAGACCUUGCUGAUGGAUGCAUUAAAGGACGAGUCUGUUGUCUAUGACUUCUGCAUGUGUAACCCUCCUUUCUUUGCGAACCAGUUAGAGGCUAAGGGGGUGAACUCAAGGAACUCUCGCAGACCCCCACCCAGCUCUGUCAACACAGGGGGAGUGACUGAGAUCAUGGCUGAGGGUGGUGAGCUGGAGUUUGUGAAAAGGAUAAUCCACGACAGUCUGCAGCUCAAGAGGAGGCUCAGGUGGUACAGCUGCAUGCUGGGGAAGAAGUGUAGCCUGGCACCUUUGAAGGAGGAGCUGAGAAAACAAGGAGUUCCCAAAGUCACACACACAGAGUUCUGUCAGGGGCGCACCAUGCGCUGGGCCCUGGCCUGGAGCUUCUAUGAGGACGUGACUGUGCCGUCUCCUCCAUGUAAGAAGCGCAAGCUGGAAAAGGCUCGUAAGCCGCUGACCUUCACUGUGCCGGAGCCCACUGCAGCAGAGCUACACGCCCAGGCCCCCAGCAUCGGCUCCACAAACUCAGCCCCUUCAGAGAGCGUCACUGCUUGGCUGGAGAAGAUCCUUACAGACCUGAAGGUGUUGCACAAGCGCGUGCCCUGCAGCGAGUCGGAGCUGAGCCUCUUCUUGACAGCUGUGGAGAACACCUGGAUCCACGGCCGGCAGAAGCGGCGCGAGCAUGGCCGUCAGCUCCGUGAGCUUCCCAGAGCUCCGCCGGCUGCCGCCCACGAUCCAGAGCCUGAGACCGACCUGACCCCUGACAUACCAAACACCAGCAACACACAGCAGGCACCAGAAGGGGCCAACAUGGAGCCCCACAGCAAUGAAGAGGAAGCCAAGGGACAACAGAGUUCUGAGAGUGGAACAGACAUUACCAUGGAGACCCCCAGCACAGAGAGUCCCCAGAAACAAGAGGAGGAGCAGGGGGGCAGUGGCUCCCAGGGGCCUCCAAGCCCAAGCCUAGCCCAGCACUUCCUCUUCAAGUGCCUGGUGAAUGUGAAAUCAGAGGACUGUGAUGUGGUGGUGGAGAUGCACUGGGUAGAGGGCCAAAAUAAAGACCUGAUGAACCAGCUGUGUACGUGCCUGAAGAACACUCUCUUCCGCCAGGUAGCCAAGCCUAUACAAAACUAACACAGCCCUGCAGUCACUUCCUCUACUCUCUUUCCUCAGCAUCCAGUUAACUACUGCCUCUCAACAGAGCACUAUCCUCUGAGCUAUAAGCCAUACUGAAGGUUUUUUUUAUUUACAUCUGGUUGCAGAGGCAACAGUCAGAUUUGUUUUACUGAGUAUUUUUGUUCGGCUUUAUUAAAUAUUACAUUUGUUUGGCAUAAUUACAUUUGUAAUAAAUG